AACCUAACGCCAAUCACAAUGUGGUCAUCAAGAGCGGAAAUGGACAAGUUGGACAACUGACACUGAAUCAAACUAACAGGCUCUUAGUACAGAGACAGCCACUCCCCGCAGUCCCUGGGCAAUAUGCCAUUGAUGUCAGUGGCACAGGAUGCUGUUUGGUGCAGAGUACUGUGCAAUUCAACAUCCCGGUGCCAAAAGACAAUUCUGCUUUCUCUGUGUCUGUAACAUCCUCCGGAAACUGCCUGAAUGGAGUCGCAUUUGUUAUUGGUCUCACCGUCACCCUAAGCUGGAGAAUGAAAAAUUGAUUUCCAGAUACGAACUGAAGAACAAUCAUGUUUUCCUGUAUUUAAGCUCUGUUUCCAGCAAGACAGUUGAGCUCCCUUUGAAGAUGGAGAUGGGUAACCGGGUGCUGAAUGUGGCGCCCAGCUCUGUUUAUGCUUACGACUAUUACGACACAGAUCAAAAUGGCUAUGCGGCAUACAGUCACCCCUGCUCAGGGGGGCAAUAAAGAAAUAUUGCUGCCCCCCCCCCCCCAUGUUAGAACAGAUGUAAUUCCCAACCUCACACUCCUUGUGCUCAACAAUUCCCAUCUGAUUUGUCUUUAUACCCAUGGAGAAUGAGGCUACUCCCGGCCCGGCCUAUAAGGAAGCAUUACAUUUCCUGCUUUUUAUAUCAGUUAUUCCCAUUGGCUCAUCUCCCAUUCCUUUGCCUUUAACUAGCACUCUUUAUAUACACGGGCUGAGCCAAAGUGCACUGAGACCUCUGCAGAACCAGGUUUACUCCUAUGGGUUCCUGUUCUUUACAUCACAAUUCACUAAGUAUAUUGGGGAUACUCCCUUUGUACUCGGCACUCUGUCGGCUGCUCCACUUCUGGUUGUGUAAACAUCUUAAUUAAACAGAUAAUAAAGUCAUGUUCACACCCUU